AAAAUCUUUCUUUAUAAAGAUGGGCAAGAUAAUGUCUUUAAUGAACAAGGCGAAAAGGUUUUUGAUCCAAUGGAGGGCAUCUUAACUGAGAUUACAGACCCCAACAUUGUUCUUGAGACAAUUACAAGUCAAAGGGCAUAUCUAGCUCUAAAGCCUAUUGAAAGAGUCAUUCAAGAAAAGAUUCCUAAGGAAAUAAAGGUCAUUAAUUUGACUGAAAAGUACAAUAGCUAUACCGAUAAAGAACGAGAAAAAUUUAUAGACCUAGUGAUAGAAGCACCUGAAUAA